AUGGAGGAACCAUUCUUUUUUGCUUGCGGGGAUUUCGUCGACUGGUCUGUCCAAACUGCUUGGGAACAGAAUGACGCCGAGGUGGACAGUGCAUUUGGAGACUGGAGUUCCGCCUGUAAUGGCAACAAGUCGGAUGCAGUUGAAAGAUCUUCAUCUCUGUCUUCACCCAUGGACAUGGACAUCUCUAAACUCUCAACAAAGGUGAGAGUGCACCAAUCUUUCUGAUCAUUCCAAGUUUACUUUACUUAAGAGGGAAUUAUUAUUAUGACCUAUAAAGGAGCUGUCUUAAUUGCCAAUGUUCUAUUUUCCUAAUGUAGGCUAAUAUAAAAACAAUAUAAUAAUAAUAUGAUAUAUGUGAUAUAUUUUUCUAUACAGCUGGAGAAUGGCAAUGUGAAGAAAUCAUGUGUAGUUUUCCAGGAGUGCUUCCAGGUCUUGGGUGAAUCUGAAGAGGCCAACUGUACUGUACGAUCUCUGUCCCAGCUGCUAGAAAACACACAGCCUUUUCAACCAACAGCUACAAUAUGGUGUCUAAUUUAUCUUCUUUUUUUUCUAAAAACAUGCCUCUGUAUAUGUAUGAAGCUUCACUUCUGUGUUCCGUGAGAUUGUGUUUAAGCCUCCUCUUCUCUCGUGCUUAGUGACUGUGGCAGCUUGUGGAGCCAUCUGUUGGCUGAGCCCAAUAGGCUGAGGCUGUCAGAGCCAAAGCCCAGCUUACACCGCCACAGCCACAGCAGAAUGGUUUCUGCCCUCAGAAUCACACCCUCACACUGCAUCUCUGAACAGGUGAGAUGGGUAGGUGGAGAAAGAGGAGAAUGGGGUCCUUAAAAUGAAUACAACCUCCCAGCCUAGUUGGAUGAAUGUCUUUACUUUGUGUGGGUUAUUAAUAGGAAAUAAGAUAGUCAGGUACAAAAUUAUUGGCACCGUUGAUAAAGAUUAGCAAAACAUACUGAGCUAUAUUGUAUGCCACCCAAAAAUGGAAUAUUAUAUGAUUUUAUACUAAUACAAUUGCUCGGAGAAAGAGAUUUUCUUUAACAAGUAAUAAACAAACCCUAAAAGAUAGGGGUCAAUAUUAUUGGCAUCCCUGUUUUCAAUACUCCAGGACCCUUCCCUUGUAAACUUAAAUUGUCAUUUCUAUUCUAUUAUCUAUAUUUCUAUGAUUUCAAUUGGUUUCCUAUGGAGGAUUGACAGUAUAAUUUAAAACAACAGAUAUUCCCAUUCGAGUCAACAUUAUCUGAUGUGUGGGUCUCGAACCAUCUUUGUGGUACCAUUUGAAAGUUGACAUUUCAAUUUGAUUCCAAUUUUAUCAGCCAAAACAUGACACCCACCCUGUAUUCAAGAGCAUGUUGUGUUUCAACUGAUGGCGGGCACAACACAAAAUCCUCAGAUGAUGUAAAAUAGCGUCUAAGCUACAACUUAUGUGAAUAUGAAACAAAUCAGACCAUUUUUAUUUAUUUUUUCAAGUAACUUCAGUGUUACACCAGGGGAAACAUGCACACAAGUUUCUGCAGCAGAGCCAUCUAUAGUGUACAGGCGAGGGUUGGCGGGGGGGUCCCCCCCUUUUAUUUAAAUGUUUUAAGGAACUCCUGCACUAGAUGAUGCUCCAAGAUUCCACACUGGAAAAAAAUAUAUAUUUGGCAAGUAGUCUGCCUCAUGUUCUGCACGUAAGACACCUGUAUUGUACAAUAUUUGCACAUUAUAAAUUGUUUUAAUUCUUCAAGCUCUGUCAAGUUGGUUGUUGAUCAUUGCUAGACAGCCAUUUCAAGUCUUGCCAUAGAUUUCCAAGCCAAUUUAAGUCAAAACUGUACCUAGGCCACUCAGGAACAUUCAAUGUCGUCUUGGUAAGCAACUCCAGUGUAUAUUUGGCCUUGUGUUUUAGGUUAUUGUCCUGCUGAAAGGUGAAUUUGUCUCCCAGUGUCUGUUGGAAAGCAGACUGAACCAGGUUUUCCUCUAGGAUUUUGCCUGUGCUUAGCUCUAUACCGUUUAUAUUUAUCCUAAAAAACUCCCUAGUCUUUGCCGAUGACAAGCAUACCCAUAACAUGAUGCAGCCACCACCAUGCUUGGAAAUAUGAAGAGUGGUACUCAGUGAUGUGUUGUUGGAUUUAGCCCAAACAUAACGCUUUGUAUUUAGGACAUAAAGUUAAUUUCUUAGCCACAUUUUUUGCAUUAUUACUUUAGUGCCUUAUUGCAAACAGGAUGCAUGUUUUUGAAUAUUUGUAUUCUGUACAGGCUUCCUUCUUUUCACUCUGUCAUUUAGGUUAGUAUUGUGGAGUAACUACAAUGUUGUUGAUCCAUCCUCAGUUUUCUCCUAUCACAGCCAUUAAACUGUAACUGUUUUAAAGUCACCAUUGGCCUCAUGGUGAAAUCCCCGAGGUGUUUCCUUCCUCUCCAGCAACUGAGUUAGGAAGCCUGUGUCUUUGUAGUGACUGAUUGAAUUGAUACACCAUCCAAAGUGUAAUUAAUAACUUCACCAUGGUCAAAGGGAUAUUCAGUGUCUGCUUUUUUUUACCCAUCUACCAAUAGGUGCCCUUCUUUGCGAGGCAUUUGAAAACUUCCCUGGUCUUUGUGGUUGAAUCUUUGUUUGAAAUUCACUGCUUGACUGAGGGACCUUACAGAUAAUUGUAUGUGUGGGGUACAGAGAUGAGGUAGUCGUUCAAAAAUCAUUUUAAACACUAUUAUUGCACACAGAGUGAGCCCAUGCAACUUAUUAUGUGACUUGUUAAGCAUAUUUUUGCUCCUGAACUAUUUUAGGGUUGCCAUAACAAAGGGGUUGAAUAAUUAUUGACUCAAGACAUUCCAGCUUUUCAUUUGUAAUUAAUUAGUAAAAAUGUAUAAAAACAUAAUUCCACUUUCACAUUAUGGGAUAUUGUUUGUAUAACAGUGACAAUCUACAUUUAAUCUAUUUUAAAUUCAGGCUAUAACACAACAACAUUUGGAAAAAGUAAAGGGGUGUUAAUACUUUCUGAAGGCGCUGUAUAUCAGGGUUCUAUAUCUGUGUUCUUUCCCCUCCAUAGUGUGAGUCACUCUUUUUGGAAGACAAUGAAGAAACUACAGAGGAGACCUCUUGCCCCCCUGCUGCUGCUCUCAUCAAAACCAAGGUGUGUACAUGCAUAUGUGUGUGUGUUGGGGGGGAACCUCCUCCUUUUUAGGAAGUGGGCAUCACAGGCCUGUCUGGGUGUCUUUCUACUCUUAUUGGCAGGGAGCACUCCUGUAACCUCUAACCCAACCUCUGGCCUUACUCUCAUCUCCCUCCACUCAGCUGCUGGCCCCCUCCUCCUGCCAUGGUGACACCCCAGCGUUCCUCUACCAGAUCUCCCAGCAGUGGCUGACUCAAUGCAGCAUCCGGCUGCAGCCUCAGCACCACAAGAAGACUCCUGCACUGAACUAUGGAGAAGGAUAA